AUUCCCGGACAAGUCGAGGAACACACGAUGGCGAGGUCCUUCCUUGGUGUCCUCCUAUAAAGCCGUGUCCGGGCCGCUCCUCAUUUCUCCCGCGGCUCUGUGCGUGAGCGAGUCCUUCGAAGUUGGUUUCCAGUUCAGCUAUGGCGAUUGAGGCGUGGUUCAUGGACGGGAGCGAUGGCGACCAGAGGCUCCCUCACCAUCGCAGCCCCCCAGAGUUCGUCUCUUUGGACCAUUUGGCAGAUGUGGGGGUUCUGUACUGGAAGUUGAAUCCCACUGACUAUGAGAACGAUGAGGAACUGCGCAAGAUCAGAGAGGCCAGAGGGUACAAUUAUAUGGAUCUGCUGGAUUUGUGCCCGGAGAAAGUGGACAACUACGAGCAGAAGCUCAAGAACUUCUACACAGAGCAUAUACACGGGGAUGAAGAGAUACGCUACUGCUUAGAAGGGAGCGGAUACUUCGAUGUCCGAGACAAGGAGGACCGUUGGAUUAGGAUCUGGAUAAAACCAGGUGACCUCAUCGUGUUGCCCGCCGGAAUCUACCACCGGUUCACUCUCGACACCAGUAACUACAUCAAGUUGAUGAGGCUGUUUGUUGGUGAACCCGUGUGGACGGCUUUUAAUCGGCCACAAGAAGAUCACCCGGCAAGGAAGCAAUACGCGAGGAUCUUGACUGAGAAAGUGGGCGUCGCACUCGCGGCCCAUUAGUUCUCGUGAGUUUCGAGGAAUGACCAACCA